AUGGACCUGGAUCCUACACUGCCUGCUCUCAGCCAGACUGUGCUGCCCCCUGGGGCCGGGCCCUUUGUCUUGCUGGGCAUGCCAGGACUGGAGGCCCUGCAUGCCUGGUUUUCUGUGCCUGUGUGUCUGCUAUAUAUGGUAGCUUUGGCAGGGAAUUCCCUGGUGGCAGCUGACAAGUCACUUUGGUCACCCAUGUACCAGCUACUGGGGCUUCUGGCAGCUGCUGACUUCAUUCUGGCCACGUCCACAGUGCCAAAAGCCCUGGCUGUGCUCUGGGGUCGGUCUGGUGAGAUCUCUUUUGGGGCCUGCCUUGCCCAGCUCUUUGUCACCCAUGUGGCCUUCAUUGCCGAGUCCUCAGUGCUGCUGGUCAUGGCAGUGGACCACUAUGUGGCCAUUUGCUGGCCUCUGUGCUAUGCUUGCUGCAUUGCUGACCCAGUGUGGGCACGGCCCCACAAUUACUGUGAGCACAUGGGUGUGGCUCAGCUGGCGUGUGGCGAUAUCCACCCCAACAUCUGGUAUGGCCUGGCCAUCACACUGCUUUCCCCGGCCCCGGAUCUCGAGCUCAUAUGUGUUUCCUAUGCCCUCAUUCUCCAAGCUAUGUGUCAACUGCCAUCCCGUGGUGCCUGGUGCAAGGCCCUGGGCACCUGUGUGACCCAUGCCAGUGUGAUCAUUCUCUUCUACACACCCUCCCUCUUCUCCUUCCUACCUCACCGUUUUGGCCACUACACAGUCCCUGGCCAUAUUCACAUCCUAGUGGCUAACCUCUCUGUGGUGGUUCCCCCAGCACUCAGUCCUGUGGUCUACGGAGUGCGAACCCAGCAGAUCACUCAUCGGCUCAGGCACCUGCUCAGACUCUGCUGGUCAGGGGCAGGAAGGAAUGUGGGCCCUGAGUGGGUCUUGCCAUAG